GUUUUUUUUUUUUUGAGCGAGGGAAAACCCUGUUUCCCAGUUUUGUUAAGGUUGGCGCAGUCACUUACUAGACUCACUCGAGCGCCAAAAACCCUUGUCUUGCUUUCGUUUCCUUCUUAAACAAACUAUACUCUACUUAGGUAAGCUGGGAUCGAAGAAAAGAACAUCAUGUGCAUAAGCUAGCUUCGUGCUGUGUUUUGCUGUCUCAAAUGUUUAUGAAGUUGUAAAUGCCGCCACACGUCUCUGUUGUCUCAUAAAAAUGUCUCUUUUGCCUCGUCUUCAUAUCUUAGCUAGGCCUUUACUCUCCCCCUUCUGCCAGAAUGGAGGUAGACAAAUAAUGAGCAGAAUUGGCAUGACUGCCUGCUCUCUUUCUUCUGCAGCUGAAGCUUCAGAUUUUGAAUGUGAUGCGAUCCAUGAUGAUGUCAAAGCAGCAGAGAAAGAUAAUGCACUUUGCUUGGCUGUCUCGCAGCUUGCUAGCGAGUUUAGCAAGGAAUCUAUGUUAUCUCUGCAGAAGAUUUUUGGUGUACGCCGUGCUCAUGUGAUAUCUACAGGCUCCUUGAAGCUUGAUCUAGCUCUGGGAAUUGGUGGACUACCAAAGGGCAGGAUUGUGGAAAUUUAUGGACGAGAAGCAGCUGGUAAGACUACACUUGCAAUUCAAAUUAUUAAAGAAGCUCAAAAGCUUGGAGGAUAUUGUGCAUAUCUUGAUGUAGAAAAUGCAUUGGACUUCUCACUUAUGGAAUCGAUGGGCAUAGAUACUGAAAACCUUCUUAUAUCACAUCCUGAUUGUGCUGAAAAUUUGUUAAGCAUGGUUGAUACAUUAACAAAAAGUGGUGCUGUAGAUGUGAUUGUGAUUGACAGUGUUGCUGCCCUCGUCCCCAAAUGUGAACUUGAUCAAUUAGGAGUUACCACUAAUCGUGAUUUACAAUCACGAAUGAUGACUCAAGCACUGCGGAAGAUUCACUAUUCAUUAUCUCAUUCUCAAACUCUCAUUGUUUUCAUUAAUCAGAUUAGAUUGAGUCCAAAAUCAGCCAAGGAAUAUGGAUCUGUGGAAGAAGUCACUUGUGGUGGAAAUGCCUUGAGAUUCUAUGCAGCUGUUCGUUUGAGACUUUCAAGAGUGAGAUUGAUCAAAACUGAGGAUAAGGUAGAGGGUGUUAUGAUCUGUGCUCAAGUGGUAAAAAAUAAACUAGCACCAGCAGCAACGAAAAGGGCUGAACUGGGUAUCAAGUUUGGAAGAGGCUUUUGCCAUGAGUCAGAUGUCUUAGAUUUGGCUUGUGAACAUGGAAUCUUUGUGAAACAUGAGGGAAGCUACUUUAUUGAAGGUAACAGUUUUGAUAGUAGAGAAGCAGCUGAACUGUUUUUGGCUCAAAAUCAUGCUGUUUGUGACAAGGUGGUUAAGGAUAUGAGAAGACUUUAUUUUUAAAAUCAGGUGGACCUUACAUCUUCCUAUAAACUUGCUCAGCAUGGUUUCACUAGGCCAAAUCUCUUUCAAUGGUAUAUAUGGCAAACUUUAUGUAAUUGAGCAUUGCCAACAUUUUUUAUCAUCGAGGCAUUAAUAUUGUCUUCUAUGGGUACCAAGUAUCAACCAUUCUUUAGAUGAGCUUGUGGCAUUUGAAGUUACAAGAAUUUUCUGCUGCUUUAAUGCGAGUCCCUUGGAUCUAGGCAUGGAAUACUGCAAAUCCACACUUCCAAAUGAGAAAUUUGAUUGCUAUUGCAAAACCAUUUGACACCUUCCGGUGUGUUACUCUAUUGGACAUGAGUCAUUAAUUAUGUAAUGGAUCAACUGUAGUACAUGAAUCAAACUAUCAAGGAUACUGCUAUGCACACCCAGCAAAAUUGCUGGUACAUUCAACAA